GCGGAAAGAGCCAGGAAGGCAGCCGAAGAGGCUGAGAGGCGACGUCGCGAAGAAGAGGAACGCAAGCGAAGAGAGGACCAGAAACGACGAGAUGACGAGGACCGCCGUCGUCGGGAAGAGGAGGAAAGACGGAAACGAGAAGAGGCUGAAAGAGAAAGGAAACGGCGCGAGGAUGAGGACAGAGAGCGACAGCGACGUGAGGAUGAAGAGCGAGAAAGGCGACGUCGUGAAGAUGAAGAGAGACGACGUCGUGAAGAUGAAGACAAACGACGUCGUGAAGACGAAGAUAGACGGCGUCGCGAAGAAGAAGAAAGACGGCGUCGUGAGGAGGAAGAGAGGCGGCGCAAGGAACAAGAAAAGAAAAAGAUGCCUCCUCUGAACAUUGUGCAAGGUAACCAGAUGCAUGAGGUGGUCGGUCAAGAAAAUCCUGACGAAUGGGAGGUUAUGGGUGAUCUACCGGACGUAGCGAAAAUUACUGAGCAUGAGGACGAAAUGCAAAUGUAUCAGGAAGAAACGGUGACUAAAACGCAGUUCUACGAAAUGGAGGGUACUCUGCACAAGCAGACAGGAGAAAUUCUGACUUUCGUAGAAGCCGUCCGCCAGGGUCUCCUUGACCUUAGCGCAGGCGGAGGACAGUUCUUCGACAUCCACUCGGGCCGCAUCAGUCUCGAAAAGGCUGUUGAACUUGGCUAUAUCGAUGGUGCUUUCAAUGACGUUCUCAAUACUCGUUACGGCAUCCGCCAUCCCGAGACUCGUGAAGAGUUGACACUUCUCGAAGCCAUCCAGAUUGGUCUGUACGACCCUGAGACCAGACAUCUGUACGACAUCCACACUGGCGAAAUGCUUGAACUCUACGAUUGGGUCUCGAGAGGCAUCCUCACCAUGGACACUCAAAGAAGAUUGGUGAAAAUGGGUAUUUUGAAGCUUCCACCUAUGGCUCUGCAUAGUGCUAUUGACCAAGGUGUUCUGAACACCGUCUCUGGUCAUUUUAUUGGCAAAUACUCGCAUGAGUCAAUGCCCAUCAAAGAUGCUCUCUACCACGGCUAUCUACAACUAGUCUCAUCCCAGCAGUUCCCAAUGAUAGCUAUCACCCUCAGUGACGCCAUUAAGGAAGGUUUCAUCAACGCCAACAAUGGUGAAUUUGAUGACAAGAACAGUAAGGACACUUUCACCCUCAGAGAGGCUUGUUCGAAGCAGCUAGGCCUUCUCAAUUUAUACGUGCCUGAGGUUGUGAACACCGCCGAAAAUACCAGGUUGGAUCUAAAGGACGCCAUGCUGAGAAAUGCUAUCAACACUCGCAAUGGUAACUUUACCGAUCUUCAGACCCGACGUACAUUGUCCCUUCGUGAGGCCUACAACGAGGGUUUGAUUUCUAAACCAGCGACAUUGACGGAGAUGUUGGAGAAGGAUCUAAUCGAUUCUACUAAUCACUUCAUCGAUCGAGGAACGAAGCAUAGGCAUACUCUCCUUGAAGCCAUUGCUGCUGGUGUCUUGGACGCUGAAGUUCGACACAUCGUUGAUCCUGACGAGAAGGACGUUAUAUCCAUAGCGGAGGCGAUGGAAAGGGGUAUACUUGGUGCCGAUGGAAAGAUCAUUCUCGAAAAACAGCAAAAGGAGUUCACCAUUCCCGAAGCUGUCAGGGAAGGACUUCUUACCAAACGAGUACGCCACAGCAUCUUUGACGUCAGAGGCAUACAAAACACUCGCACUGGUCAAACCAUGAGUUUCAACGAGGCUUGCGAAGCCGGUGCCAUUAUUCCAAACGCUGAACGUGUCGUUGACCUUGCGACUCAGGAAAGCUACCUCAUAACGGACAAGAAGGCAACCGCAAUUAUCGACCAGACCUUGCACGAUCUUCUUGUGAAGCCGGUUGGCAUCAAAGGUGAUCGCGGUGAUUACGAUCUGAAUCUCGUGCGAGCAGUGUCUAAGGGCAUUGUAGAUCCCACCAAGGCUGUGUUUUUCAACAAGAACACAAAACACGAAAUGUCCCCUCGUGAGGCAUACGAUGCUGGCCUUGUGACUCUGCGCGGCGCUAUCCAAGUCGCUGCUCUUUUCGACGUUUCUCCAUCUCUCAUUGCGCCGGUGAAGAAAGUUGAGCAGAAGAAGCGCGUUAGCCGUCCAGGGCAGACAGGAUUUGAGCUCGCCACGGAUCAAGUCAAGGUGACCCUUGCAGAAGCAAUGAAGCAGGGUCUCAUCGACUCACGUAAUCAACGAUUCCGACAAGGUGACAUCGACAUGAGCCUCGAUGAUGCUCUAAACCAAGGACUCGUUGACCCAUCCAGCGAAUGGAUCGUUCCGUCGAAGAGCAACGGCGUUGGCCCCACAAUAGAGGAAAAGACUACUGAAUCUAUCACCGAAACUGGACAGCAGUUGGCUCCUAAAUUCUAUCCCGACAAGAACAUUGAGGAAUCUGUCACCACAGUCAAACGUGUCCGUACAACAGAAACGACUGCUCUUGGUGGUCCUGGAGGUGUUUCGGUGUACAGAGCAAUCACCGGAGGUAAAGGAGCCAUGGAAGUGCCUCAAAAUGGUUAUCAUAUCUAUGAGGCGGAACGAAAGGGCAUAAUUGAUCUCAGCACCGGCAACAUCACCUCACCCAACGUGGAUCGCGCCAUCUCGUUUGCGGAUGGCAUUGAACUUGGUGUUAUCAACUCUUCUUCCAUCUCUGUCAAGGAUCCUAAGACCGGUCGUACAGUAAAUAUCAAAGAA